UGACUGACUGACGGACGGACUGGUGCGGCGGUUGGGAUGGGGGAAGGAGAUAGGCGACGUACCGUGGGGUGCGUCCUCCCCCCCACACACACUUCCAGGGCGAUAGGGAAAGGUCUGGAAGAUGGAGGCAGAGUGAGUGGAGGCUCAGAAAGUAGCUUCCCCAGAGUCUGCUUGCUGCAGAAUCCAGCUCAUCCCCUGUCUGUGUCGCGGGCCGUGGUGGCGUUGGGGGGAGAGAGAGAGAGAGAGAGAGAGAGAGAGAGCAAGCGCUGCGGCAGCUUCCACCUGGCUGAGGGUUUAAAUGGAGCGGGAGAUCGAGCGCGGCGCCAUGGCGGAGUCAGCAGCAAGCACAACUUCAACCGUCACCGAGACGGUGGAUGGAAACCAGCCCGCAGACGUGGAGAACCGCAGCAUCACCAUUAAACUGAGGAAGCGCAAGACCAACAAGAAGGUGGAGUGGACGAGUGAUACCGUUGACAACGAGCAUCUGGGCCGUCGCUCCUCCAAGUGCUGCUGCAUCUACGAGAAGCCGAGGGCGUUCGGGGAGAGCUCGUCAGAGAGCGAGGACGAGGACGGCGGCUGCGGGAACGCGCACUGCGUCCGGGGACACAAGAAACCAUUCCCUGGAGGAGCCCUGCACUCCACCGAGCACAACCACGGCGCCGAGCACUCGAAUCACGGACUCAGCCAACCGCCGGAGAACUGAUUGGGAGGGAGAGAGACUCGGGGAUGGGGUGUGUUUUCGAGGGGGAAGCUGGAAUGGAUGGACGGACGGACGGAUGAAUGAAAGAGUAUGGUUCUGGCGGAAGGCUUGCCCCCUCCGUACGGACCCACUCUCCCAAUCUCUGUGUGACGGGACGACCUGACUCGAAGGGUCUUGAUGCGAGGUUUGCUUUUGUUUUAGAGGAGAGGGUUUUUUUUUAAUUUAAGAGAAAGCAGAUCUGUAAAUUCACGAUGGCGUUUGUAAAUUUAUUUGAGGGGGAAACCUUUCGCUGCUUGGUGAGGGUCCUCGGAUGGGGUGCAUGCAGCGCACGGCGAGGGGGAGGGAGGGGGGUGGGGGCAUGACCCGGUAAUCAGGUUUGCACGAGGCAGAUCACCUUUGGGCAUUUUUUGUAAUCGGUGGGAGGACUCGGGCAGAACCGAACCACUCUGUUCAGCAAACGCAGUGCAGGCGGGCAGAAACGCUCGGAGACCAGCCUCGGGCAGAAUGUGGUUAGGAUGGUGACGGUGUCAUAGGAGCCACUGAUUCGUUUGGUUGGGGGAGGGAGGGAAGGUGUGUGUCUACAUUGGAGCAUCACUAUCCCAGUGGAGGGGUGGGGGUGUCCGUAAUAGAGGGUCAGUGGGCCGAUGGGUUGGUGGGGGGUGGAAUGGAGGGUCAUUGGCUUGAUUUUGGGGGAGGGGUAUCUGUAACGGAGGGUCACUGUCCUGAUGGGAGGCGGGCUCUGUAAUGAGGGGUCACUUGCCCAAUGGAGGGGGGGGGUGUGUCUGUAACGGAGUGUCACUGUCCAGUUCAGUGGGCUUUGUAGAUUGUGGUAGAUCAAAUCCGUGAUGUUUGUAUUUAUUUUCCACGGGCUCUCUGUAAUACUGGGGAAUUAUUCUCUGUCAGAUGGAGAGGCUGCAGAGUCUGUGCACACGGUUUGGGCCAGCUGUUUGCUUUGUGGCUGAGAGAUGUGCUUGAGACACAAUCAGUGGUUGGGCUGAACUGAACUGCCUGCCCUCCCAAUACCUGCAGGAUGCCCGUACGGUGUGGUCCGAUUCUGCUCUGCUUAUGAUCAUUGUUACUGAGUGUUUAACACUGGGGGAGGUGAUCCUUCACUGUAAGAUGUACUAAAAUAAACAGUCUUGCCGAACAUAAA